AUGAAGUCUAGCCAAUCCGAAGCAGCUUCAUCGUCGUCCACUACAGCGUUUUCCGACCCACCACAGCAACCGCUGGCAGUUCCAGCGACAACAUCAUCAUCGACGGCAUCAGAGAAAAUGGCUUGUCUACCGAUAUCAGCUGCAGAAGAAACCUUUGGGUCCCGCGAAGGGGGCGGCCAGGAAUCGGUCUCCGUCGAGCGCCGUGGAGAUCAUUCUGUGGUUUGUCGAUGGACGGUCGUCAAUUUCCCCAAAGUGAAGGCUAGGGCACUAUGGAGCCGUUACUUUGAGGUGGGAGGAUACGACUGUCGUCUCCUUGUAUACCCUAAAGGAGACUCUCAAGCCCUCCCUGGUUACUUCUCCAUCUACCUCCAAGUCAUGGAUCCUCGAGGUUCCUCUUCUUCUAAAUGGGAUUGUUUCGCUAGUUAUCGGCUCUCCAUCAUUAAUCACCUCGACGAGGCCAAGUCCAUUCAGAGGGACUCAUGGCAUCGAUUCUCAAGCAAGAAGAAAUCUCACGGUUGGUGCGACUUCACCCCCUCUUCCACAAUUCUUGAUCCCAAAGCUGGUUUCCUUUUCAAUAACGACUCUGUUCUCAUCACUGCUGAUAUCCUCGUAUUGAAUGAAUCCAUUUCCUUCACAUGUGAUAACAAUGAGGUACAGUCUUCUUCCUCAUCGUCCUCAGUUGUCGUCGCAGGUCCUGUUUCUGAUGUAUUGAGUGGGAAGUUCAUUUGGAGGGUUCGCAAUUUCAGUCUUUUUAAGGAGAUGAUCAAAACCCAGAAGAUAAUGAGCCCUGUUUUCCCUGCUGGGGAAUGUAAUCUUCGGAUUAGUGUCUACCAGAGUUCCGUCAAUGGGGUUGAGUAUCUCUCAAUGUGUCUGGAGAGCAAGGACACCGAGAAGUCUGUCGUUCCGGAUCGGAGCUGCUGGCUGUGGACCUCUACCUCUCUUGUUGCUCCUUUAAAAAUCCUGUUGUGA